AUCAGCCUGAGUGCUGCUUCCUUGUGACGUUUUGGUUUUAUUGGUUCCGAUCACCAUCAUGGAAUCCGACCUCCCUUCGUGGCUUACCUGCACUAUCUGCCCCAAGUUACCCUCGUUCAGUGACACAUCCCACCUCCUGACCCAUGUUAGAUCCAAGGGUCAUCUAUCUCAUCUGCACAAGCUUCAAGUUCGAAGUCAUCAAGAGAUCGCUGCAGGUGCUCAGUUGGCCAUCUACAACCAAUGGUACCAAGACAAUGGAUUGGGCCAACUACUUUCCGAACGCAUGGUCAUGAAAGAGGCAAAACAAGCAGGCAGGAGGGCAGAAGCCAUGAGACGUGGCGCAACCAUCACCCCCCAAGCGCCACGCAAAACUGCGAUGCAUCCCCGCGACUCUGCCGGCAAAGCUGGAACCAGCAAGCCACCACGAGUUGCACGUAAGCGGCCAAGAAGAUCAAGAGCUCGAAAGACGGAGGAGGGUGAAAGUGAUCUCGACUUUAGCUUGAAAAAACGGUCAGGUAAACGCAAGCAGAAGCGUGCUCGAAUGACUACCCCAACUGAUCGAGAUACCGAUCAAGAGAUUGGAAUUCCUUCUGAUGAAGAUGCCCCUGCCGAACCUGACGACUCAUUCAUCGGAACUCCAGAGCACAGCAAGCUCAAAGGGACUGUGUGGCCUGGAAUGGAUCUCUUCGAUGCUGCUACUGACGACAUGAAACGCAUGAGAAAUCAGAAAAAAGAUGGGUCUGUUCUGAGAAAGAUGGAAAGAUUAUCAGCACUGGUACAACCAACCGAAGCUGUUUACUCUGAGACUGGUGAGCUUCGGAAGGAACGUCACCUCGAUGACCUCGAGGAUGACAGCAGUCUGAUCGAAGGAGAGACUCCGGUUCCCAAGGCAAAAUCAGUGAGGACACGGAAGAGACAACCUUUGGAGGUCAAAGACGAGAACGUCCCUCGCUUGGUCAGACGCAAGACUACCAACAGAUCUCGGGUAUCUCGCAGCAAGGCAGAUCAGGUCCUGAGCGGACUGCCACCAUUGCCUUCCUUGCCAAGCUCAUCGACUCUCGAGUCCUUGACUGUGGGCUCUCGCUUUCUCCCAACGGAGGAUACAGAUUUCGACAUCAAGCCGAUCUUGUCCAGCACCUCGAGUCGUCGACGACCCUCUCAAUUUGCAAUCUUUAACGAUGGCAGUCCCAGUCGGGGUCUGAGCCUUCCCAGUAUGCACGAACGCAACCCGUUGUACAGUGCACAGUCAUCUUUCUUGGGUGGUCCUCGCCCACAGCUCUCGACACUUACAGCUGGGUGGCUACAACCACAACAUCAUCCUUCCAUGCAACACCCCAAUGUUUACAAUGCGUACCGUCCAGCCAACAUCGGUCAAUUUGCCGAAGCUGAGAAGGAGAGCGCAAUGACUCUGGAGGAAACAGGCUCGGUUCUUCGAGCCACCAAUCCCCUUACAUGGAGAUCUCCUCUACGCGAAACUCAAGGAAUCGUGAUCGCAUCCGACUCGCCAUUUGCAAAUUUCCUGAGUUUCUUUCCAUCUGUUUCCGACAUUGAGGAUCCUUUUGUUGCCACGAAGAACCCCCUGACUGAAGCAAUAUCCCAGGCUGAAGGCAGUGACGGUGAACAUGAUCACAAAAUUCACGGCGGAUUCGGCCAGGAUAUUCACCGUCAUGAACUGACCACGAUGGGCAAAUCUAUGCCAGAAAUUAUGCAAUAG